AUGCACCCCCGGCAGCGAAUCGAGACCGAGCCCGGUGUCAGAGAGCCGCUGUCGGCCCUCCGCCAACUCGCCUCCAUCUACUCGAAUAGCCCCGCCAACCCCCUCGAGGCUCCCCGGACCUUCCGCGCCCUGCACAACGCCUGGUGGCACCAUGCCCGUCUCCUCUACCAAGCCCAGUCCGGCCAGGCCUCCUCCUCGACUGCCGACCCCGGCUUGGACGUCCGCCAAUGGCACCGCUUCCUGCGCAACCAGCUCUCCCAGGACGAGCUCGAGACGGUCGCCAAGCUCGUCUUUCAUGACGACGGCGUGUGGGCUCGCGGCCAGCAAGGAGAGAGCGGACGCCGCCUCCAGGCCCUUAAGAGCAACAUGGGCCAGCAAUACGAGGAGAUGCUUAUGCUGCUGCCGGGCGCCGACAUCCCACGAUCGUGGAACGCCAUCAAGAACAUCAACUCGCUGCUGAAGGCCCGAGACCCCACCAAGCGCAAGUCCCUCGACGCCGUCCUCGACGCCAUCACCGCCGCCGCCAUCGACCGACACGAGCUGGGCGAGAAACCCGAGUCCACGCCGCCUGAGCUUCUCCCCGUCGACAUUGAGACUGCGUUCCGAGAUCUCCGUCCCGGCGAAGAGCCAGGCUCCGCCAGUCGCCGCUCCACCCCAGCCGUCUCCCGCAGCGGCACUCCGGCCUCAGACCCCUCCAACUACGACACGCCGCCUCCGCCGCCCUCAAACUACGGCACCCCGCUCGAGCACCCCCUUCAGCAUGGCAGCUCGGCCCGCGCCGAACCCCCCGAGCUCCGCCCCCGAAGCUCUCCCCUGGCAUCCGUUCUGGCCGGUCGCCUUUCCUCCCACGCUCCCCGCGUCGCUUCCGCUCUGGCCCGACCCCUGAAGCGCCAUCUCAACCCAGACGCCGCCUACCAGCCCCCAUCCAAACGGGCUCGAGCCACCACCACCACUCCUGACGCCGCCAAGCCCUCCGUCGAGACCGACGACGAAGAAGAGGCCGAGAACGCACGGGGCCGCUCCAACGAUGUCGCUCCUGACGUGGAGGAGCUCGGUCCCAUCCUGGACGACAGCCCAAUCGCCAGAUUCAAGGGCAAGCAGCCGGCGCUCCCGGAACCCCUCUCUGCGCUUCCUGGCCCCAUCCCCAACGACUAG